AUGGCAACCGACACUCACGAACUGGAAAUCGUAUGGCGACCUUCGCAGCGGCAAGGCAAAAUGUCCAUGGAUGAGUACCGUGAACACAUCAACAAACGGUUUACAUUGAGUCAUCGGGACACUAAAGACCUCCAAGAAUGGUCUAUUAAGCAUCCGCAUCUUUUUUGGCUCGAUCUAUAUACAUACCUGGAUCUUGUGCCUCCCUUGCCCUCUACCAUCAACAAGGCCUACGAUGACACCAUUCCAAUGAGCCACAUCCCACCAUUUUUCUUGGGCCAUGAGAUUAAUUAUGCGGAAAAUGUGGUUUUUGCCAACCCAGACCCCGACGCAGUGGCAUUGAUCGGGAUUAGGGAAGGACAGGACUUCUACAGAGACGAAGGAGAAAUUCUUACUUGGCGAAAUUUCCGAGAACGCAUCAGACAAACUGCAAGUGCGUUGAGGAAUAGUGGUAUCAAGAAAGGGGAUCGAAUUGCUGCCGUGGUCGCUACGUCAAAUUGGGCGAUAAUCAUUUUCCAUGCGGCCGCCUCGAUCGGAGCCAUCUUUACUUCCAUCAGUCCAGAGCUUGGAGUUGAAGGAUGUAUUUCAAGACUACAACAGGUUACUCCAAGCAUCGUGUUUGUCGAUAGCCACGCCAUUUACAAGGGUCGGGCAUUGCCUACCAAACAGAAGAUCGAGAAGAUCUUUCUCCAGCUCAAACCACGACCCCAGGUGUAUGUCAUACAGGUAGCCGCUGGUGAACUCGGCGAAUUCCCUCCCAUGGACGACUUUUUAGCGAAGUCCGUUCUUUCCGACAAACUUUCAUUUACCAGGGUACCCUUUCACCACCCUCUGAUGAUCUGUUAUUCCUCAGGAACGACCGGGGCUCCAAAAUGCAUUGUCCACCAGCACGGUGCUGUACUUCAAUUCAAAAAGAUAUCGGCGAUCCAUGACUGUUUAACUCCAACAGAUGUGGUCAUGCAAUACAGCAGCACGUCGUGGAUUGUGUUUUACGGGAUGUGUGGCCAUCUGACGGUUGGAGCUACACUUGUUGUAUACAAUGGCAGUCCAUUGUUUCCAGACGCGAAACAACUCCUUCGGAUAUGUGAUAGAUACAAAGUGACUCUUCUGGGUGCAUCUCCGCGUCUGCUGCUGGAAAUGCAAAUGUCUGGAACGGUCCCGAAAAUUGACUUUGAUCUCUCGCCAUUGAAGACGUUCCAUACUACCGGAGCUCCACUAUCCAUAGAGCAAUACAGGUGGUUUUACCGUUGCUUUCCGCCUUCGGUACAAAUCUGCAACAUUGCUGGGGGAACCGAGACGGGAACUGCUCUCAUUGCUCUGGAUCCAUCUGGGCCAAUCAAUGCAGGCGAAAUGCAAAUCCUUGGACUUGGAAUAGAUGUCGAUAUUCUGGACCCAGUGACUGGGGAGUCGAUUGCACAUACGGGAGAAGCGGGUGAGAUGGUAGUGAAGAAGCCGUUCCCGAGUAUGCCGUGCUUCUUCUGGGGUGACUCCAAUGGCAAGUUAUACAAAUCGGCCUACUUCGAGCGCUUUGAAAAUAUCGACGUCUGGGCGCAGCAUGACUGGCUGAGGAAAAAUCCGAAAACGGGAGGCUAUAUCAUGCAAGGAAGGAGCGAUGGUGUCCUCAAUCCAUCGGGUAUCCGAUUUGGCAGCGGUGAAAUAUAUGCCAUCAUUGAAAAACGUCCCUUCACCGAUUACUUUGGCAACUGCGUUUGCGUUGGUCGUAGAAGAGCGACUGACGUGGACGAGCAGGUUUUCCUCUUUCUCGUGAUGAAACCUGGGGUUUUACUUACACAAGGCCUGCGCAACAAAAUUGAAACAGCGAUCCGAAAUGGGCUAUCUCCGCGCCAUGUACCCAAAUUCGUGUUAGCUGUUCAGGACAUACCAAUGACCAUCAACGGUAAACGGGUGGAAAUAGCGAUUAAACAGAUGAUCAGUGGAAAGGAUGUAAAAUUGAGUGCAACGGUUCAAAACCCAGAAGCUAUCGAAUGCUUCCGGCAAUUUCGAGAUCUGGAAAGCAAUACCGAGGGCCGAGCUAAAAUAUAG